GACAGAUCUGUUGCUUCAUCUAAUUAACGUUCAUAAAACAUUGCAUUUAAGCAAUUUAUGUAUGUCAUUUUAAUUUGCUCCGGAAGUGAUAGACGUUAUAGAUAAUGAAACAAUUUCUUUUAUCUUUGUUGGUGUUGUAAUAAAUCAGAAACUUUUUAUUCAACAUCUUCUUCCAGUUGAAUUGAAUAUCUUCCUAUCCUCCUAUUUCCCAAAAUUAGAUCAAUUCUAUAUUCCAUUAAUUAAUGGACUCAUUAAAUUUGCCUAAAAGCAUAAAUGUUGAACAUUUUCAGGGAAAACGUUCCACAUCGGACCACAUACUUGAGGCGGCGAAUUAUAUAGAACACCUGCAGAAGAUUGUUAGGAAUUUGGAAGACAGGAGAGAAAAGUUAAAGAAGGCUUCAAAUUUAAGCAAUCUUGAUUAUACCGUAAGUGGUAGCUCGUCAACUAGUGACUCCUCGUCGUCAACAAUUGUGACAGUGAAGCAAUGCUUGGACGGCAUGGAGAUUUUGGUCAAAUGUGGUGUCGAGAGUGAAGGUUUUCGCCUUUCUAGGGUUCUUGAAGUAUUACUGCAAGAGGGGCUUAGCAUUGUGAACUGCAGCUGCACCAAAACUAAUACAAAUUUACUUCACACUAUCCGAACUGAGGUUGCCUCUCAGGCAAGGAUUGAUGUGCAUGUGAUCCAACAGAAACUCUCUGACAUAAGUUUCAGUUGACUCUCCAUUGCAAAAUCAAACGGUUCUAAUAGAGUGAAAUGGAAUAAAACGGUAGUAACCUUUAAAUUUUCUUUCCCCACCACCUACAGGUUUUUGCGAUCUUUAUUGAAAUAUGAAACCUUUAAAUUUUCUUUCAGUAGUAACUUUUAUUGGAAUAAAACGGUUCUAAUAGAGUGAAAUGGACCGGACAGCGAGAAUUCACAUAGUUAACUCUGACUAAACGCGGCGUAGUUGUUGUUGUUGUUUUAGUCUAACCUCUUUCAGUUCAGUUUUUAUUUAAUGUACGAAAAAAUAGUUGGAUUAAGUUUCUGGCAUAUGAAUUCAGAGAUUCCCGAACCCUCUUUUUUGUUGGGUAA